AUUCUGAGUGAUACAGAUCGCCCCUCUGGGUGACGUCAAUCCCAGGCAGGAACCUCAGUAUCAGACGCUGAGUGCCCGUUGUCGGAACGUUACCCCGGGGAACUGUAGUCACGUGGUCUCUGUUGCCCCUCAAGAGCACACGACGGUCCAGCAAACGGGACACUCGGACUAGAAGGCAUGGCGGAGGCUCAGCCAUCAGGGCCAUCAAAGUACAAUCCUGAUGCAGCUGACUUUAUUCCCAGAGAAAGAUUAAGUCACCAGCCCAGUUGGAGAAGUCAUGGGAGACCUGAAAGUAACAGAGGUUGGAGCAGGAACAAUAACAUGCCCCCUUCUCACCAGCAACCUCCCAGAGAGAAGAACCAUGAGAGCCUUUCACAGAAAAUGCCGUUUAACAACACUGUGAAAAGUAGCAAUGAACAAAGCCAGCAGGGCUCCCCAGACACCUCUGGUGCAAACAAACCUGUGAAGAAUCACAGCUUUCAGAAUCAGAGGUGGCAUAGGUCAAGAAGUGAAAGGUCUCACACUAGAAACCAUCCCAGGCAACCUCUCUCAGACACAUCAGCAAGGCCAGCUUUUGCUGGAACCACACCGCUUGGUGACUGGCGCAUACGAACAAGAGAGCCCAGUGACUUGUGCUCAUCAGAAAGUGAGAAGGAGGUGGGCAACGCUGAUAACAGAGGAGCUAAACCAAAGAGAUUGACCCAUGUGUCAGGAGGGUCUCUUAGAGGUCCAAGAGAUAGAACAAAGCAUUCGUAUGACCGAGACAAACGAGUAGUUCCCAAGCAAAAAGUGGAAGACAUGUUUGAGAACAUACCCCCACGGAAUAUGGCAAAAUCAAUACCACCUAAGGAAGAGCAUUUCAAAACCAGACUUGAACGGUAUGAUGGGGAUGGAGCAUGUGAAGACAAGCCGAGGCAACCACGUCCUGUGAAGAACACUCUACAUGACUCCUUGGACUGGAAAAAACCCCAAGAUGUUGUUCAACCAUGUAAACCGAAUGAGCCUCACAGAAGCAAGGUAUUGAGACAUGACAAAAGUCAAUCGGCAGCUAAAGACAGAAAAGUCGAGAGGGGACAGCAACCUGUCCUCUCUAAUGCCUAUCAAGAGCCAAAGGCACGUGGCCCCCAUUGGGCAACUGAUGGCGAUAAACAUUCAGGGAGAAAACCUCCCCCUCAGGAUCGUCCUCCCAAGACAUCUAUGCAGCCCGGCUUUGGCAGACAGUGGAAAAAACAUGAUAUACCAAAGAACAAGGAAACUCACACAGGGUCUCUGAUCGAGCAGCUGACUGCUGAGAAGUAUGAGUGCAUGGUGUGCUGCGAGGUGGUGAGAGUCAUGGCCCCGGUCUGGAGCUGUCAAAGCUGUUUCCAUGUUUUUCACCUCAACUGCAUCAAGAAGUGGGCUCGAUCGCCAGCAUCACAAGCAGAAGGCAAGUUACCCGCUACCUUAUCAAUGCUGACUGAUGGUAACAGUGGAUGGCGUUGCCCGGCCUGCCAAAAUGUUACCUCUCGAGUUCCCAGUAUCUACACCUGCUUUUGCGGCAAGGUUAACCAUCCUGAAUGGAAUAGAAAUGAGAUUCCUCACAGCUGUGGCGAGCUCUGUGGAAAGAAGCGAGCGGCCCUGGACUGUCCUCACACCUGCAACAUUCUGUGUCAUCCUGGUCCCUGUCCAUCGUGCCCUGCCUAUACGACAAAGACCUGCGAAUGUGGAAGAACAAGCCAGUCUGUUCGCUGUGGACUGUCCUCUACCAUGCACUGUACUGAUGUUUGCGGGACUCUGCUAAACUGCGGGGAGCACAGCUGUACUCAGGUGUGUCACGCCGGGAAAUGCCCCGCGUGCCAGCAAAUUAUACAUCAAGCAUGCUACUGUGGUGGGAGUUCCCGGGAUGUGCCGUGUGGAACAGACAAAGAUAACUACGAUGGAUUUGGAAACUUCUCCUGCCAGAAACUUUGUGGCAAGAAACUGAACUGUGGGAAGCAUGGCUGUACUGAAGUUUGUCACCCUCAGCCUUGCCAGCCAUGUCCUCGGCUCCCUCAAGUUGUCCGUUUUUGCCCCUGCGGACAGACGCCUUUGAGCAAACUGUUGGAGCUGGGGUGUGUGGACAGGAAGACCUGCAUGGACCCGAUACCUUCUUGUGGAAAAACCUGUGGCAAGCCUCUGCCUUGUGGCUCUCAUGAUUUUAUUCACACCUGUGAGAACCUCUGUCACGAAGGUGAAUGCGGCCCUUGUUCCCGCAACUCUAACAUAUCUUGCCGGUGCGGCUUCAAAACAAAGGAAGUUCCAUGUGCGCUGAUCCAGAGUGAAGAGGACCUUACGUUUGUCUGUGAUAAACGCUGCAAUAAGAAGCGUCAGUGCGGAAGGCAUAAAUGCAAUGAUAUUUGCUGCGUGGACAAAGAACACAAGUGCUCCUUAAUUUGUGGACAUAAACUGAACUGUGGCAUUCACAGAUGUGAUCAGCCUUGUCACCGUGGCAACUGUCAGACCUGCUGGCAAACAAGUUUUGAUGAACUUACGUGCUACUGUGGGGAGUCUGUGAUUUUUCCUCCGAUACCUUGCGGCACCAGACCACCAGAGUGUAAAAACUCUUGUACCAGACAACAUGAGUGUGAUCAUCCGGUUUUUCAUUCAUGUCACAGCGAGGAGAAGUGUCCCCCUUGCACAUACCUUACCCAGAAAUGGUGUAUGGGAAAACACGAGAUUAGAAACAAUAUCCCGUGUCACCUCAGUGACAUCUCGUGUGGUCUGCGCUGCAACCAGAUGUUAAAAUGCGGCAUGCACAAAUGUAAGAGGAUCUGUCACAAAGGAGAGUGCCUCAUCGAUGAAGACUGCAAGCAGCCGUGUACCCUGCCGAGGCCAGACUGUGGCCACCCGUGCUUGGCACCCUGUCACCCGGCGCAGCCCUGUCCACCUUCUGCGUGCAGCGCUAUGAUUGAACUUCAAUGUGAAUGUGGGAGAAGGAAGGAGACGAUGAUUUGCUCAGCAGCAUCAUCCACUUAUCAAAGAAUCGCUGCUAUAUCUAUGGCUGCUAAGCUCACGGAAAUGCAACUUGGGGACUCUGUGGAUAUUGGAAGACUUGUUACCAAAAAAGAAAUAAAGCAAACAAGGCUGCAGUGUGAUGAAGAAUGCCUGGCUCUGGAAAGGAACAGGCGUCUAGCAGAAGCUCUGAAUAUUUCUGAAAACUCUGACCCUUUUAACACGCGUUCUGGAGCCAAGUACAGUGACAUCUUGAAGGAAGAUGCAAAGAAAGAUUUAAAAUUUGUUUCAGAAAUAGAACGUGAAAUUAAGGCACUUGUGGAUGCAGUAAACAAGGGAAAGCAAACCAAAAAAAGCCACUGCUUUCCGCCGAUGAACAGAGACCACCGGAAAAUGAUUCACGAUCUGGCCGAAGUUUACUUUGUGGAGAGUGUGAGUUAUGACAACGAACCCAAGCGCAAUGUCGUAAUCACGGCUGUUAAAGGCAAAUCUAUGUGCCCAAAUGUUUCCCUCAUGACUGUGAUGGAACGAGAGAUGCAGACGAGGCCACCUCCACCCAUUGCUCAUUACAGGCAUCAACCGGAACGGAAUGGUGGGAGCAGCAGUGCACAUAUGGCAAAGUGGGAAGAGCCAGGGAUAGACUACUUUGAUGUCCAAGACUAAGCUGAGACAUUCAGCAGAUCAGACCGAAGAAUGUUGUGCGUGGACCUUCUUUUGUGGUUCCAAACCUCCUGUGAAAGUCCCAUCAUGCUUUAGGCAGCUGCUACCAUGUUACACAGUAUGAAUCAAAAUCUGCUUCAGACGGGCUGGCUUUUGGGCCGAGGUAUUAUGCCUUGAUGAUAAAGAGCGCGCACUAUCCUCUUACGAAUUUGCAGUACCAAGAGUAUGGCUAUGUGAUGUUUUGCAAUGCCACAUGUCCAGUCUCAGUGCCUGACCCUGUGUUCAGUUUGAUGAUGAAAAUUAUUGCUGUAUUUUUGAAAAAGUAAAAUGAAUUGGCCAUUUAAAGAAAAUAAUUCCUUUCAUUCCUGUACAUUUGGCUAAUUGUCAUGCCUCAUCUCCCUUAAAAACUGGGGUUUAUUCAGUAAACUCUGAGUUGGCAAAUUAAUUGAACACUCCAACUCACCUAUGUGAUUAUGCAUUAUUAAGGGCCUGUCCCAGAGAGCCUCUCCUACAAAAAGGGCUGAGUCAGCCCCUUGUAAUGUGUAGUUAAUGUGGAGAGAUUUCCUUUCAAACAACGGCUCUCUGAUCUAAAGCAACAGUCAUGUUGGUGUUGGUGAACCUGACCGAUUAUUAUAGUAAUCAGUUUGUUACUGGUUAAACAAAUGUUUUGUUUUAUAUUACUUUCAUACCCCAAUCACCUUAUAAAGAAACCCUAAGAAUGAAAGUAGUGAUCUGAUUGCCCAAGAGCAUAGGAGAGAGUCCUUGGUGGUGAUAAGUUGUCACAGCCCUCAUCAGGACGGUGAGCUGGAGCCAUCCCUGGGUAUUUACCAGUCAAGUUCCUCCUGGGUUGGCUUGUCCACCACUUGCCAUGGGCCAUUGUGCAUGUACAAUGUAAUCAAGAGGCAAAGAUCAGCCAUAGGAAACUGCUGUUAUUUAGGAAAGUGCAAGCUGGGCCUCUGAUACAGGUGAUAACAUAUUGAUGAAAAGUAACAUCACAAUAUAACAACGUAUACUACAGUCCUUUUAAAUACAAUUCAGGGUUUAGUGUAAACUUUGGAUGUGAAACUGUCAACAGUUUGUUUGUGUGUUAGGACUCAUACCAUUUCAAAUAGCUGGAAUAAAGUGCAAUCACUGUUAAUAACAGUCUUAAUACAGUGAUGGGAAUGUUUUUGGGCAGGAUUGCCCAAUUUUCUGCAUGAGACCAAGUUGCAGACCUCAAAAUGCCAACACUGCAUUCUCCCUGGCGUAGUGCAGAAACCUUCCAGAAAAAAAAAACAUAACACACGCAGCACAUAAACAUAUACUCGCACUCACGCAUAUAUAUAUAUAUGUGUGUACAUAUAUGCAUACACACUUUCAUACAGAUACAGUUUAUUUUGCAUAUAUAUAUAUAUAUAUUUCUGUUGGGGAUAAAUGCAACAAUUUUAAGAAUAAUCUGUAUUUAACGCCCCCCCACCCCAUCUUAA